GGGCCUCCGGGGGAGCCCCCGCGCGCCCGCGCCUACCAGGCUGCCCAGAUGCGGGCGCCACUCUGCCUGUUGCUGCUCGUCGCCCACGCCGUGGACAUGCUCCCCGUGAACCGAAGGAAGAAGCAAGUGGGCACUGGUCUGGGGGGCAACUGCACAGGCUGUGUCAUCUGCUCGGAGGAAAACGGCUGCUCCACCUGCCAGCAGAGACUCUUCCUGUUCAUCCGCCGGGAAGGUAUCCGCCAGUACGGCAAGUGCGUGCACGACUGUCCCUCCGGCUACUUCGGCGUCCGCGGCCAGGAGGUCAACAGGUGCAAAAGUACGUGGCUCCUCCCUGAUCCUGCGCUAGCGCUGGGCUCCUGA